AUGAGUCUUUCAUCAUCGAAUGCUGAACGCGCGAAGAGGACAAAGACCAACGACACGACAUCUCAGGCUCAGAGACCUAGACUUACUACACCAGACCUCGAAUUCGAGUACGAUCAGACCCAACUACGCAAUCCACGAUCCACACCAGGCAGAAUAGGAAAGCCACGAUAUGAAGAAGAUGACAUACCUCACGAUCUGAAAGAAUGCUUUGACAACGAUUACUACGUACCAAAGCCGGAAAGCGGCAUGUUGGAUGAAGGAUCAAAAUCUGAUCCGAGAGACGUGUUCCACAAUAUACACAGAUGCAUCGAUAAGGGUCCGAAUGGGUCACCAACUACCAACAAUGCUGAAUUCCAGAUUUAUUACAACAAGGCGGUGCAGUGGAGUAAGCCAAGAGCUCUUACAAGGAGAGAGAUGAUCGAUGGCAUGGAUGGAGCAAUCGACCAAGAUCGUCCCGACCAAGAGCAGAUGUUUAAUGUCUUCUUCACUGAGGAUUCGAGGCCUGGAAACAGUAUAGAAGAGACAGACGUGGUCGACUACGUGAAAGAUAAAGUCUCGAAAGAUCUAGACAUCCCAUGGUACCAGAUUGGUCCGAAGCAGCUGGAACAGUGGGAGGAGAAGGGCUUCAGAAAGGUCGUCUACAAAGAUUGGUGGAAGGAGCCAACGGCGGAGCAACAGAGAAGGAUCAUGAAAAUGCCGGGCGGUGCUGAUUUGAGGAAACACCUUUAG